CCCCACCCCACCGCGCUGUCAGGCAGGCGACACAGCGAACGGCCCGCGUGAGCAGUGGCAGCCGCGGGGCGGGUCGGGUCGCGGUGUGUCGAGUUCUCAGGGCCCUCCCUCUCCCUCCCUCCCUCUCCCUCCGCCGACGUCGACCGGAGCCCCGCUCGCGUCUCCACUCGCCGGGGCCUUGGCCACCGCUGUGCAGUGCGGCAAAGUCCCGUCCCGUCCCGUCCCGCCCCCGCCCGGUCACCCGGAGGCGUCAAAAGCCUCGCCCAGGCCUGGCCAGGACAGGAGGAGGGAGGGAAGACUUGAGUGACCGGCACUGACUGGGACUGACUGACUGACUGACACUUGACUUGACUUGUCGCCGCCGUGAGUGAGGUCGGUGCCGCCCAGUCAUCAUGGAUAAUCUAAGUGAUGCCCUACAAAAACUGAAGCUGACAGCUGCUGACUGUGCAUCAGAUAGCAUAGAUGGGUGCCUGGACUGCUUGCUCCAAGCCCUGGCUCAAAACAAUGCAGAAACCAGUGCAAAGCUCCAAGAGAAUGGAUGCCUUCAAGUUUUCCCUCGUCUGCUGUCUCCACAGUCUUCAUGUGCAGCGAAAGUAGCAAACGUCAUAGCAGAAAUAGCCAAAAAUGAAUUCAUGCGAAGUCCUUGUGUGGAUGCAGCAUUGAUUCCACCUUUGGUUCAACUGUUGAACAGCAGAGAUCAAGAAGUUCUUCUACAAACUGGCCGUGCCUUGGGGAACAUUUGCUAUGAUAGCCAUGAGGGCAGGAGUGCAGUUGACCAAUCUGGUGGUGCACAGAUAGUAGUUGACCACUUGCAGACAGUGUGCAGUAAUAUUGACGCAGCCAAUCAGAAGCUCUUGACUGUCUUUUGUGGCUUCCUGUUGAACUAUAGCAAUGAUAAUGAUGGCCUGCAGACUCAGCUGAUAAAUAUGGGUGUUAUUCCCACUUUGGUGCAACUAUUGGGUGUACAUUCCCAGCACACAGCACUGACAGAAAUGUGUUUGGUUGCCUUUGGUAACCUAGCAGAGAUAGAGUCUAGCAAAGAGCAGUUUGCAUCAACUAAGGUUGCAGAUGAGCUUGUAAAACUAUUCAAAAAACAAACUGAACAUGAGAAGAAAGAAAUGAUUUUUGAAGUAUUGGCUCCGUUAGCAGAACAUGAUGUUAUAAAGCUACAGCUGGUUGAUGCAGGAUUAGUAGACUGUCUUCUAGAGCUCGUCCAAGAGACUGUAGACAGCGAUAAAGAAGAUGAUGUUGCAGAGCUUAAAACAGCCUCUGAUCUCAUGGUCUUGUUGCUUUUGGGAGAUGAAUCCAUGCAGAAGCUGUUUGACAAGGGUAAAGGCAGUGUUUUUCAAAAGGUUCUGUCGUGGCUUCCUUCAAAUAAUCAUCAGCUGCAACUCGCUGGAGCUCUGGCCAUAGCAAAUUUUGCACGAAAUGAUGGAAACUGUAUCCACAUGGUGGAAACGGGAAUUGUGCAGAAACUCUUGGAUCUGUUGGAUCGGCACGUAGAAGAUGGGAAUGUGACAGUACAACACGCGGCCCUUAGUGCUCUCCGCAACUUGGCUAUUCCUGUCUUAAACAAGGCUAAGAUGCUAUCAGCAGGAGUGGCAGAUGAAGUGCUGAAAUUCCUCAAGUCUGAGAUGCCACCCGUCCAGUUCAAACUGCUUGGAACAUUACGCAUGUUAAUUGACGCACAAGCUGAAGCUGCUGAAAAGCUAGGAAAGAACAUAAAGCUAGUGGAGCGUCUGGUGGAGUGGUGUGAUGCGAAGGAUCAUGCAGGUGUAAUGGGUGAAUCAAACCGGCUGCUAUCAGCACUUAUCAGGCACAGUAAAUCGAAGGACGUCGUUAAGACCAUUGUUCAAAGUGGUGGUGUAAAACAUCUGGUCACUAUGGCAACGAGUGAACAUGUUAUAAUGCAGAAUGAAGCUCUCGUUGCUCUGGGACUGAUAGCUGCGCUGGAACUCGGUACUGCAGAACAGGAUCUAGAGAAUGCCAAACUUGUGCAAGUUCUACACAAAUUGGUUUCUGAUGAUGUCAGUGCACCAGAAAUUAAGUACAACUCAAUGAUCAUGGUUUGCACCAUCAUGGGGUCAGAACUACUCAAGAAGGAAGCACAGAGUAUGCCAUUCAAAGAGGUGGUGUCCAAGCUCCGCAGUCACGAGAACAAACUUGUCGCCCAGCAGGCAUCCGUGACCGAGCAGAGACUGACUGUUGAAAGCUGAGAUUUGUUCCCAGUUUACCUGUCCUUCAGUAUCUCGUCAACGGGUCACCUUUGUCUGCUGUGAGCUGCUCGUGCGGCAUUCUUCCUCCUCACUCCCUGUGCAUGCAUAGAUGGGCCCAGUCUGGCAGAAACUGGGACCAAGUCAUUUCAACUGCGAGCUGUGACUCAAAUAAAAUUACCAGUUGUCAUUCCACAUCCUCUUCAAUGUCCCUUGUUGCCAGAAACAAUGUGGUAGAACUUGCAUGUCGUAGUAAAAUAACAAUGUGACUGUUUCUAGGAGAAUUGCACCCAUCUUACACAGACACCGCACUCCUAUUCCAUGCAGUGAUAAACGCGAGAGACUGAGGACGCUGCAGUUUAAAACCUGAAAUUUUCCUUUAGAUUCAACUAUUGAAGCUUGCUUCAUGCUCCAUUCUUAAUGCUUCCAAGAGCCAAAAAAAAACCAAAAUAGCGUGCAUCAUGAACCUUUCCCAAAUGUUGGCUGUUAAUGAUGUAAUAUCAUGGUACCUAGAAUUAAUAAAUUAAACCGUAAGUUCCCA